GAUGAUUACGGACGUGCAGCUCGCCAUCUUCGCCAACAUGCUGGGCGUGUCGCUCUUCUUGCUUGUCGUUCUUUAUCACUACGUGGCCGUCAACAAUCCCAAGAAGCAGGAAUGAGAGUGGCGCUUUCUCUGCCCCAGGAUUCCAGGACAUAGUCUGAGGCAAGAUGGAGGGUGUGAGGGGCCUUCACACUUCACUUCAUCCCUUCUACCCAUCACAACAUGCAAAGCAACUACACCUGGAUUUUUCCAAACAACUUUUAUUUCCUCAAAGUCUUCCUUAACCCUAUGGAACAAGAAGCUGCCACUGAAUAGGGCCCAGUAUAGGGGCUGCUUUCUUUUCUACUCCCCCAAUAUAAAAAUAUAGAUAAUA